GUGAAAAGCAAUAUUUCAUUAUCAGGGCAGAAAAUGGGAAUCUUUAUGUAAACGACAGGAUUGAUAGAGAGGAAAUAUGUGGGGAAAGUAUAUCCUGCACCAUCAAUUUUGAAGUGAUGGCUGAAAAUCCUAUGAAUAUUUUUCAUAUAAUUGUAGAAGUCCAGGAUGUGAAUGACAAUGCACCACAUUUUCUGAAUGGUGAUAUCAAACUGGAGAUCAUUGAAUCUACUUUGCCAGGAGCCACAUUUCCCCUUGAGCAAGCUGAGGAUCCUGAUAUUGGGGUGAAUGCACUACAUGAUUACAACCUUAACAUAAAUCAAUACUUUGCUCUGGACAUAACAGAGCACCAGCCUGGGAAAAAAUAUGUACAAUUAGUGCUGAACAAACAGUUGGAUCGUGAAAGUAAAAGCAGCUUCCAUUUAACUCUUAUGGCUCUGGACGGAGGGAAGCCUCCCAAAACAGGGACAGCCAAAAUAUGGAUUAAUAUUAUUGAUGCCAAUGACAAUUCACCAGUUUUUUCUCAAGUCCUUUACAGGGUGAACCUAAAAGAAAAUGCACCAAGUGGAUCUUUAGUUGUACAAGUGAAAGCCACAGACAAAGAUGCAGGUUCAAAUGCUCAAAUCAACUAUAACUUCAAGAACAUUCCUGAACGUGCUCGACAGAAAUUUGACUUGGAUUCACAAGAUGGAAAAAUUACAGUAAAGGAGUUGCUGGACUUUGAAAAAACAGAGAAGUAUGUGAUGACAGUAGAAGCACGAGAUGGAGGUGGAUUAGCAGCUCACACUAAUAUUGAAAUAACACUCAUAGAUGAAAAUGACAAUGCCCCAGAAGUGAUUCUUGCUUCUUUGUCCAGCCCAAUACCCGAAGAUUCUGCACUGGGAACUCUGGUAGCACUCAUCAACAUUAAAGAUAGAGAUUCUGGGGAAAAUGGGGAAAUCACUUGCUCGUUAAAAGAUAUUUUGCCAUUCAAAGUUGUGUCAACACCCAAUAACUUCUACAAGCUUCUUACAGAUGGUUCAUUGGACAGGGAAAACACUCCAGAGUAUAAUAUCACAAUCACAGCAACAGACAAAGGCACACCCCCUCUUUCAACAGAGAAGAUAAUUCCCUUGAAGAUUUCAGAUAUCAAUGACAAUUCUCCCACGUUUGAGAAAUCCUCUUACACCAUCUUUGUGCCAGAGAACAAUCCUUCAGGCUCCUCCAUUUUCCAGGUCAGAGCCUCAGAUCCAGAUCUGGACCGCAAUGGCCAAAUCACUUACUCUCUCCUUAGAAGCAACAUUCAGGAACUGCCUCUCUCGUCUUACCUCUCAAUCAACUCUGAAAGUGGAACUAUCUAUGCUCAGCGCUCCUUUGACUAUGAACAAAGCAGAGAAUUUCAAGUGGAAGUGAGGGCCCAAGAUGGAGGCUCCCCUCCCCUCAGCAGUACUGCAACUGUGAAGGUCUUCAUCCUGGACCAGAAUGACAAGAGCCCUCAAAUUCUUUAUCCUUCUCAGGGAGUGGAGGGCUCAGCCUUGUUUGAGAUGGUGCCUCGCUCAGCUGAGGAGGGUUAUCUGGUGACCAAAGUGGUGGCAGUGGAUGCAGACUCUGGGCACAAUGCUUGGCUCUCCUACCAUCUGGUCCAAGCCACUGAGCCAGGGCUCUUCACAAUUGGGGUCCAUAAUGGGGAGAUCAGGACCUCCCGGACAUUUUUGGAAAGAGAUGCUGUCAAACAGAAACUGGUGAUCUUAGUGAAGGAUAAUGGCCAACCACCGCUAUCCAGUACUGUGAGUCUUAACCUGGUGUUUGCUGAAACCUUCCAAGAGGCCCUUCCAGAAAUUAACAGUCAACCGAGGGACCCAGAGUAUCAGUCUGACCUCCAGUUCUAUUUGGUCCUUGCCUUGGCUUUGAUUUCCUUUUUAUUUCUCCUAUCUGUGAUUCUGGCCACUCUGACAAAGCUUCGAAGAUCUGGCAGUCCCAAAUUCCUGGAGUGUUUUGGUCCUGUUCCCCAUUCAAACAAUGCUGUCAUAUUCCCACCAAACUAUGAAGAAGGAACUUUGCCUUAUUCCUAUCAGUUGUGUUUAUCCUCCGAGUCCAGGAUACAGGAAUUUACCUUUCCAGCUCCCAGUGUUCAAGCUACAGGGAAUUCUUCGUUUGAUCAAAAAACUGACAUGCUUUUGACAACCAAUCAUGAAAAUAUUUUAAAGACAGAGAUGAGUAAUACUGAUGUGGUAGGUUUUUGUUUUAUUUAUGCCUGUUUUCUAACUAGUUAAAACUCUAUAGUAAUAGGUGAUGAAUGGCUGAUUAAUAACAAUAACAAUAUUAUUCACUUAAGUUCUGAUUUUAUUCAUUUGUGAGCUCCAUUGAACUAUUUUUAAAGGCUCAUAAAUGGAACUGUGAGUGACUUCAAAUCGCCGUUGGAAGAAUUCUAUUGAAAUACCAUAAUUCUAAUCAAAGCUGUUUUGUAUGCAUGAAAGUGGUUUAUCUCUUGGGUCUGGAAGAACAGGAGUGUCUGGCAAUGCUGAAGGAACUGUACCAUGGAUCGCAGUAUUCAAGAUGAUAGUUUAACAUUUACUAAAAAUAUCUAAGAGAACUUAUUUUCAUAGAUAGAUAGAUAGAUAGAUAGAUAGAUAGAUAGAUAGAUAGAUAGAUAGAUAGAUAGAUAGAUAGAUAGAUAUUGUUUAAGUUAUGUGAAAUUUUCUGGAGGUUUUCAAACACCAUUCUUUAGCAUAUCAAACAACAUAAUAGUUAUCCUACACUUUUCUCUAAAAUGGAGAAAGUGUGAUUGUUCUGUUGAAAUAGAGCUUCCAAUUCGAGACACUAAAAAUGGUGUUUGUCUUUGUGCAAAGUUCUGUCUUUGUGCUAAUUUCUCUCUUAUUUAAUAGAAAGGAAUAGAUGAACAAGGGAAGGCUGAAGCUCAUAAUAAUCACCAUUGUUGAUCUUUGGGACAGAAGGUGCUAAUACUACUGGUGGGAUUUAUGGAGUAGACCAAAA